AUGACUAAAGACGCAAUUGCGUGCAAAAGGAAAAAAAGACAUGUUCUAAUUUAUUUAACCGGAAUCAUUAUAAUUUUAUAUUGCUCGGUACACUUAUUAUUCUAUAUUACAAACUUGUCUCAGGACUUAAAUCCGUCAAGAAAACGCAGGGCCGUUGAUAACGACUCUGAAUGCAUACCUCCACAGUCGUCGGAAUUUCCUGAGGGCUUCUUCACAGUGCAGGAGCGAAAAGACGGGGGAAUCAUUAUAUAUUUCAUGAUCAUAUUUUACAUGCUUUUGGCAGUUUCUUUAGUUUGUGACGAGUAUUUCUUACCAUCGCUUGAGGUUAUAAGCGAACGUCUUGGACUUUCACAAGAUGUUGCUGGGGCAACGUUUAUGGCCGCUGGAAGUUCGGCACCAGAACUUGUCACUGCAUUUCUAGGAGUUUUUGUAACAAAAGGGGACAUUGGUGUUAGCACAAUCGUAGGAUCAGCCGUGUACAACCUCCUUGGUAUUUGUGCAGCGUGUGGACUCUUAACCUCGGUGGUUGCACGUCUCACAUGUUGGCCGUUAUUUAGAGACUGCUUGGCUUAUGCUGUCAGUGUCUCUGCUGUAAUUGGCAUUAUCUCUGAUAACAGAGUGUACUGGUACGACGCUGCCUGUCUGUUGCUGGUAUACGGCCUGUACAUCGUGGUGCUUUGCUUUGACAUCCGCAUCAGUGAGUACAUGAUGCGGAGGUUCAGUCCCUGCUGUGCCUGUCUGAGGAAGAGUUCCCAGGAGCAGAGCGAGCAGCAGCCGCUGGUCGGCUGGCACAACGACACCAGUCUUCGGGUCCACCAGCGUUCCCGUGCAGACAGCGGAAUUUUCCAAGAGGACUCUGGAUAUUCUCACCUGUCGCUCAGCCUCCACGGUCUGAAUGAAAUCACGGAAGAGCAGAAAAGCGUGUUCACGAUGCCAGAGAAUGACCUGAAGAGAAUCCUGUGGGUGCUGUCUCUGCCCGUGACCGCUCUGCUCUACGUGACCGUGCCUGACUGCCGUAAGCGUCUGUGGAAAAAAUGCUACAUGAUCACGUUCCUCAUGUCUGCAGUCUGGAUCUCAGCCUUCACCUACGUGCUGGUGUGGAUGGUGACCAUUGUCGGGGAAACUUUGGGGAUUCCAGAUACUGUGAUGGGUCUCACACUUCUAGCUGCAGGAACCAGUAUUCCAGACACGGUGGCCAGUGUUAUGGUGGCCCGAGAAGGCAAGGGAGACAUGGCCAUGUCCAACAUCGUGGGGUCUAACGUCUUCGACAUGCUCUGUCUGGGACUGCCCUGGUUUAUUAAGACCGUGUUUGUGGACACGGACUCGCCGGUGGAGGUCAACAGCACAGGACUGGUUUUCACCUCGUCCACCCUACUUCUGUCCAUCGUCUUCCUGUUCGUGGCCGUGCACGUGAACGGCUGGAAGCUGGACUGGAAGCUCGGCCUUGUCUCACUGUUCUGUUACAUUCUGUUUGCCACGUUAUCCAUCCUGUAUGAACUGGGUAUUAUUGGCAAUAGCCCCAUUAGAUCCUGCAGCGACUGA